AUGGACGAUGUUACUAAGGAUCUUCCUGCAGUUGUAAAUCAAGUACGAAUUCUGUCUGAACAAAAGAAAAAGCUACAAACAUGCGAAUUUGUUCAGUUAGAAAAGAACAAUUAUGACAUUCAUAAUCAACUAGCCGGUCUUAAUGAACAUUACAACAAGCUUAAAGUAGAUCUGUGUGAUCGCGAAAAUGCGUUUAAUUGUUUACAACGUGAGUACGAGCUUCUUAAAAGAAAAUAUGAUGAACUACGUUGUCAUGCUGAGACCACAUAUACAGUAAUAGGAGAAUCGCAACACUUACAGAAUGCAUUGACAGAAAUUGCGCGCUCUAUAGUAUCAGAUUUUAAUAAUGACAACCAAAAACCAUUCGAUUCCGUUCUUGAGUCUUUUGCAAGAAAAGUCAGGUUUAAUCAAAAUAUGGAUUAUCGUAGCCUUGCUGAGAGUACAACUUUAGCAGUACAAGCUACCAUUUCUAACUACAACAAAUCUAUUAAUGAAAACCAAAAUAAACUUCAAGAAUUAAGUAAUGAAAUCAGUAAACUAAAAGCACAUGUAAAUGAACUUUCUGAUGAAAAAAUCAAUUUUCUUCGUGAGCUUCCUAGAUUGAACGAAAAAUGUGAAGAGCAGCAAUUAACAAUAUCAGAGCUUGUUAAGGAAAAAGAAAAUUUACAGUAUAAUCUUGAAAGCAUACGAUCAGAAAAGUUCACAUUGGAUCAGAUGAUGUCGGAUAUUACAUUAACGAAUGAAAAGUUAUCAAAUGAAUUGAAUAAAAAAGAGUUGGUAUUAUCCAAAUUACAAAAAGAAUUAGACAACAUUGAAGAAGAAAAGGCACAUCUUCAAGACGAUAUUAAAAAUAAUUUAAAAAAGGAAGAGUUACAUUACAUGACUUUAAAUGGAUUGGAAAUGGGAAAUAGUAGAUUAAAAGAGGAAAUUCUACUUUUACAAGAGGAAUUGCACAAAACCUGCUUAAAAUCAGACGUGCUAGAACAUCAAUUAAGUGAUGAAAAACUUAGUAAUUCCAAAUAUGAAAAUGAAAUCAGAAAUUUAAAAAAUAUGCUGGACACGGUCUCAAAAGAAUGUUGCACACUUAAAACAGAACUAGAUAAUGCCUUAUUGGUAAAGGAAAAUGGUCAAAAGGCAAACAAGUUACAUACAGACAUAGAUAUUCUCAAGAAAGAAUUGAUUGGGAGUGAAAAAAUUCGAUUGCAAAUAGAGUCUGAAAAGAAAAAUUUGGAAGACAAACUCUCUUGUGCUCACAAUAAUAAUUCUAAAUUAGAAGAACUUCUUUGUCAAACACAAAAAGAAAGAGAAGAGCUCUGUAACAAAUUAACUGUAGCUAAUAGGAAAAACGAUUUUUUAAAUACUGAAUUACUACGUUUUAAACAAAGAAUUGAACAAGCAACUCAAAUAAAUAAUCGUUUGAAUAAAAACAUUGAAGAAUUAAUAAAACAGAAUGAAUCGAAACAAUCUUUCAUAGAAAAACUAGAAAAAGAUAUCGAAACGUAUCAAGAAAUCAUAACAACCUUAAAAACGGAGAAAAAUGCUUUAGAAGGAAGACUUCAUGAUUCAUUAUCAACAAUAGAUAACAAUGAACAUAAAUUGGCUCAAUUGAAUGAAAAAUAUAAAGAGAAAUCUGAAAAUUAUGAAAAAGCUAUGAACCAGUUGCAGUUAACAAAGAGAGAAUUUGAAAUGUCUGAAAAAAAUCUAGCAAACCUAAAAAUAAAGUUUUCUUCUGAUAUUUCAAAACUAGAGGGUGAUUUUGUCCAAAAACUUUCAAAGUUGAAACAGUUGAUUGAUGAUAAUAUUGUUCAAUUUAACGCAGAAAAGGCACAUCUACAAUCAACAUCUGAAAAACGUCUGCAACAAGCUUUGCACGACCUCGAAUUAGAAAAGAACACAGAAAUAGAGAAGAUAAAAAUCAAAUAUAACUCACUGCAAGAUCAGCAUACCGCUUUCAUCCAACAACAUGAAGAAAUGUUAUUGAAAGCUGAAAAUGAAAAACAAAAUGUGUAUAAUUGUGCACAAAAAGAUAAACAACAUAUAGUUCUUCGUUUGGAGCAGGCAUUACAAGAUUUGGAAAAGGAAGCUGAGAAUCAUUCCAAAACUAAACGAGAAGCAAAAUGUCAACACGACCAAGAUAAACGUUUGAUAUCUUCAUUACGAGAUGAAUGUGUAUCUUUGAAGAACGAGUUAGAAAAUUUACGAUUACAUUUAGAAGAUGUAAAACAUGCAUCUGACACAUUGGUAUCAAAAUUAAAUGAUGAAAAGGAAAGCCUUUUCAAAGAAAUUUCAGAAUUAAAAACGGUAACGAAAUUGGAAGAAGACAAAAGUAACGCUUUAAAAAUAAAAUCAAAUGAAUUAUCAAUGAGAUUGAAUGAAGCUGAGAGUCUUAUAGAGGGACUACGUAAAGAGUUAAUGGAUUAUAGAAAACAAAUAACAGACAUCAGUUUAGAAAGAAAUACAUUUGCUGAAAGUGCUAAAGCUCUACGGGAAAACGUCAAACAACUAGAAACAACAAAACGAGAAAUGAAGAAAACGCUUGAUAAUAAUAAUAACAAAAUAAUGCAAUUGGAAGAUACAAACAAAAGGGUAUUGGAACAAUGUAAUGAUUUGUCAAAGCGACUUCAAGACAGUGAAAUUGAAUCAGCAAAAAUAAAAACAUCUCUUUCGCAUAAGAAAGAUGAAUGUGAUAAGAUGAAAGUGACUAUAUCAGAAAAGGAUAUUUUGGAAAAAGAACUACGAUCAAGAUUGAACAAUGAGACCGAAGAACGUGAAAGACUCUCACAUCAAUUAAUUCAUGCGACGAAACAGAUUACUGAUUUAGAAGGGCUUUUGAACUCCGCGCGCCAAGAGCUUCAUCACACCAUAUGUCAAACAAAUCAAGAACGGCACAAGUGGAGUAACUUUGAACAUGGAUUGCAAAACCAGUACGAAGAGACACGAAUAAAUGAACAAAAGCUACAAGAUAAAAAACAUAAUUUAGAAAUUUGUUUAGCAGAUGCGACUCAACAAAUACAAGAGCUAAAAGCUAAAAUAUCUGGAUUAGAUAAUAAAAAUUGUAGUUUGGAAAAGGAGAGAACAUUCUUACUAGAAAGAAAACGAUCAUUGGAGAAUAAAUUAUCUACCAUUAGUAGUAUGCUUCGAUGUAUUUGUGGAAUACAGCCUGAUGGAUCAAUUAUUAUUCCUGGCCAUCAUGUAUUACAAUCUGGUAUGGAUCGAAGUGCAAAUCAUGAGUCUAUUGACAUGUUUAUAAUUGAGCCAGAUCAAGCUACAAUUGGAAUGAAGGCUUUGAUGCAUUAUAUAGGACAAUUAGAACGGGAUCAGGAAGCUUUGGCAAGUAAGUUAUCAGUUGCAGAAAAGAAACUGUUACAAUCUUCAGAGCAAGAAAAGCGGAUUGAAAACAAGUUAAAUAAAAUUCAAGUUCUUUUAAAUACAACACAGCAUGAAAAAGUGAACGCUGAAACCAAAUAUUCACAAAAAUCAGCAGCAUUGAAAAAUGUCGAAGCUGCACUAAAAUCCAAAUGCGACGAAGUAAGGAUAUUACACGAAAACAAAAGUCAACUUGAAAAUGCUAUUCAUGACAUCAAUUUGAGUAAAAAGCAUUUAGAGGAUCAUUUAGAGCAAUGUAGACAAGCAAUAUCUUGCUUAGAAACUGAAAACAAUAGUGUUAAAGAUGAGUUAGCGCAUGCAGAAGCUAAGCUCUCACGUUUGGAUCUUCAAAAGAUAGCUCUAGAAGGUGAUUUGCAAAGACAUCAAAUGAUUUUGCAAGAUAAGGAUAACAGUAUAAAAAUGUUACAAGAGAAAGUUGAAAAUCAGUCGAAAUGCAUCGCUUCUCUUGAAGAGUGUUGCGCCAACAUGAAAUUGACAAUCGACCAACUCAAAUCCAAAAUAGAACAGUCAGCCGUAUUGGAAGCUGAAUUACGUGCUGAAAUAAAACAUGUUCAAAAGAUAAAAAGCAACCAAGAACAAAUGCUAAUUAAUUGUGAUGAAAAAAAUAAGCAGUUACAAAAAGCAUUACUAAAUAGCGAAAAUGAACAAAGAAUAUUAUCUGAACGGCUUGAAUCUGCGCAACAAAAUGUGGCAGAAACAAAACGCCAAAAUCAGAGUAUUGCUACACAGUUGCAAAAGUAUCAAGAGCAGGUUGCCAAUUUGGAAAUUCAGAAAUCAAACAUAGAUUCACAAUUGAAACUACUUCAAUGGAAAGGAACUAAUGAAGACUCUAAUAGAUAUGAUAACUCAAGUUUUUCCAAUAAAAUGGAUAAAGAUUUUGAAGUUGAUAGUCGUCCCAACCACUAUGGUGAAUUUGUUCAGUCUGACAUACAACAAAAUAAAAAAAUAUCCUCUUUGGAAAAUGAGUUAAUGAUGUUGAAAAAACAGUUACAACAAGAAGUGUCGUGGAAAGAUAAAUACGAUUGCAUCAAAAAUAAAACCAGCCAAGAGUUGAUUCAUCUACGAAAGGCUCUUGGAAGCUCACUAAAAAAUGUGGCACUCGACCCACAUGCAAGUAUGAUUCGAACUGAAAGUAAAUGGCUAGAUAAUGCAGUAUCUGUUAGUUUACCUCCAUCUUAAAAAUAUGUUAGAAAUACAUCAAAGAUGUCACAAAAAAUGGUUCUAGGUGAAGU